AGCUACCCCUAAUAAAAAGGCUCCGCAGAGUAAGGCGGUACCUCUAUUGUUCUGAAUACUACUUCAUACCCGGUGGUCCUGCACACUGCUGCAGCCUGCACGACGUUGCACGAUGGCAGACAAGCCCGACAUCAGCGAGAUCUCCCACUUUGACAAAAGUAAGCUGAAGAAGACGGAGACCCAGGAGAAGAACACACUCCCUACAAAAGAAACUAUUGAACAAGAAAAGCAAAGCGAGGCGUCGUAGACCGGAGAGCGCACACAUGGGGAAAUGGGCUUUGUUCAGAGCACGCGCCUGGGGAAAAAAAGAAUGACACCUGUGUUCGUACAUGUGGCACGUGGGACUGUUAAAUUCUGCAGCCCGCUCCGGGAUAAAGCAUGCGGUCUGCCGGUAUCCCACACACAAUGUCUAUCACUGUAAGGAUAAGAACCUGUUGGUGUCUGUACAAAUGGUCAGAGUGCACUGAAUAAAAUUCUUAGAUUAUUCAA